GUUUACGUACAGCACGAGGCAGGCAAGGGUGAAAUCGCCAGAGUGUGAUUAUAUUUUAGCUUGAAAUUAAUUAGAAAAGCCCAAUUAAUUGAUAUAAUUAAUUACAAUCGGUUCCACCCACAUGGCUGAUUGUCUAUUGGACUGAAAAAAAGUCGAAUCCAGAUCCACAGGUGACUUACAAAGGUAGAAAUAAGACAGCAGCUGGGCGUACAAUUAAUUAUUGGAAUUGUUGAUUACGAUGGAGGCUACUAUGGCGACGACAAAAGUGGAGAAUAUCGAUCUUAUCGGCGACCUGGACAAAUUGAGGAUGCGGGCUUUAAUGAACCCGUUCAUCCUGGACAAAGUAUUCUCCGCUUUAAAGGACACAUCUUCUUUAAAAGCGUCCCGCCUCGUGUGCACCACGUGGUCCGACGUCGCGACCGGAUAUCUCGGAAGGCGCGGAUCCCUCCUCUUUUCCUCCAAGCCGACCAAAGAGUUGGCCUCGUUCGACCACCAACUGGCCAAAAACGUCACAUUAUACAUGAAAUGCUGCUGCUAUGAAGUAUGUGCCUGCUCCUCCAACAUCCAUCUAGCCCUUCCCACCAAUUUCGAACCCGUCCUGCCCAAAAUCUGUGGGUCUCUCAAAACCAUCCAGUUCAUCGUCGGCAUCGGAUUCAAGCCCCGUCUUCACGACAUGUGGCUGGACUAUCAGUUUCCCAACUUGACUCGGAUUUCCAUUUUCGCGUCCCAAAUCGGGAGCGAAGAAGAUGACAUCAAACUUGACAAAUUCCAUCCCCUCCCGAACCUCAAAAUCAUCUCGUUCAGGAUUCUUCCGGGUUAUAAGAUGUUCUCCAGUACGAAAGCUGGACUUUCCUUGAUUUGUCAGAAGCUGCUAAACGCCGCGACAAACUUGGACGAGCUCAGUCUUCAGACCAAUUUCUAUUUGGAUUUGAACAAGUGUCGAAAGUUGAAGAAGUUUGGAUUUGAAUAUCAAGAAAGUCGCGACGUCUUUACGAGGGAUGUGGUGCAGUUCGAUCACUUCGAGAUGGACAGGAUGUUGAAGAGUUGUAGAAAUUCUUUGGAAAGGCUCAGCCUGAAUUAUUCUACGAGGAGGUGGCAUGCGAUCGAGUACAUUAAGCUCAACUUCGACUUCCCGAAUCUCACCGAACUCAAAAUCGGAGCCUCCGACGUCUUCAAGGUCGACGAUUGCCUAAACAUAAUUGAUCUACCUAACUUGACCCAUCUCUUCCUGGACACUUCGGAUUCGACCGAUCUUCCCGACAUUGUAGGAACCCUGCAUCUGCCCCACGACGGGAUUACCUCGCUCCACGUGGUCACCAUCCACGAUGGGGAAGUUGGGGAAGAAGAUGUUGCCAAACUGGGGAAAUUGUACCCCUCCGUUACCCAAUUCAAAUUGGACCUGAGUGUCGAGUUCAUCCCCCAUUUGGACGAAAACUUUGACUCGUUAAAGAAAAUGUUCGAGUCCUUUGGCCAGUGGGGAUUGACGAGCGGACAGAUCAGCGUGAGACACGCUUUGCCCCCAGUGAUUGGAAGAUAUCGUGAGCGCGAGUUUGAUUCCGAUAUUGUGUUCGCCGUGCUCGAGGGGAUGAAGGAGUGGAAAGGACUGUCCAACACGUGUCUCGACUUCUUGGGGGAUUAUGACAACAUUUCGUUCAAAUUGUCAGACCGGUUACGAAAUGCGGUGGAGUCUUGCAGUGCUAUUCGAAACUUGGCGACACGUGGGUAUUCCUGGUAUUAAUUAAGAUUGACGAAAAAACGACGAAAUAUUUGACGAACUUCAAGCGUUUAUGGGGAGAGAUUAAAAAAUAAUUGACGAAGUAGUGUCACUAAUUAAUGUUAGAAUUGUUUUAGUUUUUGAUUAGUAAAGUAGUUAAUUAUCUACUAUAUUUAUGUAUCUAAUUGCAAUACAUACAUACUUAUCAAGUACAAAUUUGAAUGCCUUUCAGACAGGAAUUAAGACUGACUUUGUUGUUAUUAAUUAUAUAACAAGCCUAAUUAUAGUUAACCUGACUUGGUAAUUAACUUUGUUUAAAAUGGUUGAGGUGUUAGUUAGUUGACAAAUUUUGAUUUGUUGUAGUAAGUAGUUUACUAAUUAGUUUAUCUAGUUUAGUUUAGUUUACUUAAAUGACUACCAUUUGCGUAAUUAGACCCAUUUAAACUAUCCAUGUAUUGCUUUAUUGAUAGUUAAUGCUUGUUUCUAUGAAAUAUUUUUGUUACUACUUUUGAUUGUUAGAUUAAAUUCUAACUUUAAUGUGACCUACUUAAUUAAAUUUACCUGUGAUUAAAAGUAAGAGAAAAUGUUUUAAUUCUAAAA